AUCUGAAUCUAUUUUGUCUGUGAAUGAAUCUUCUGAACAGCCCCAGGACUUGGUCAUAAUGCAUGAAUCUGUACAGCAGGAACUGGAAUCAACACUGACAUCUGUAUCAUUUCAGUCUGGCAGUGAUGUCACAUUGGCAGGCUCCAUCUCCAUCACUAGUGAAUCUGAUCUACUGGAGUCUAGCAGUAAAAUUGAGAGCAUUAAACAAGUAUCUGACUCUACUUUGGUGAGCACCGAGUCCAUCCAACAGGCAUCUGACUCUACUUUGAUGAACACUGAAUCCAUCCAACAGGCAUCUGACUCUGCUUUUAUAAGCACUGAGUCCAUCCAACAGUCAUCUGACUCUACUUUGAUGAGCACUGAAUCCAUCCAACAGGCAUCUGACUCUACUUUGAUAAGUACUGAGUCCAUCCAACAGGCACCUGACUGUACUUUGAUGAGCACUGAGUCCACCCAACAGCCACCUGACUCUACUUUGAUGAGCACUGAGUCCACCCAACAGCCAUCUGACUCUACUUUGAUGAGCACUGAGUCCACCCAACAGCCAUCUGACUCUACUUUGAUAAGCACUGAGUCCAUCCAACAGGCAUCUGACUCUACUUUGAUAAGCACUGAGUCCAUCCAACAGGCAUCUGACUCUACUUUGAUAAGCACUGACUCUAUCCAACAGGCACCUGACUCUACUUUGAUAAGCACUGAGUCCAUCCAACAGGCAUCUGACUCUACUUUGAUAAGCACUGACUCUAUUCAACAGGUAACUGAGUUAGUUUUGAUGAGCACUAACUCUGCUCAACAGGCAUUAGACUCUAAAUUCGCUUAUGAUGACCCUAUUCAGCUGGCAGAGUUUUCCUCAGAUAUCACUGACUCAGUUCAGCAUGCACCGGGCUCUACUUUGAAAACCAGUGAUUCUAAUGAUCACACAUCAGACUUAGCAUCAGUCACGGAAUCUGCCACGCCGGCCAAUGAUGCUGUCUUAUCACCCGUUGAACCCAUUAAUCCUAAUGCCCCACGUUUACAUUCCAACAUGUCUGACAUUGACAAAGAUGGAGAGAUGAAAGAUGUUGACAAAGAUGGAGAGAUGAAAGACAUUGACAAAGAUGGAGAGAUGAAAGACAUUGACAAAGAUGGAGAGAUGAAAAGUCAGACUGACCCACAGUCAUUGGUUGAGGGUUGUGAUGCCACCACAGAAGAGAGAACAACCGAGACAACAGAUUCUCAUGUGGAUGGAUUUAUCCCAAUAGGAGAUUUGAUUUUGUCUUCGAUUUCUGACACAGUUGGAAAUCAGUCUCAGACAAGCCUUGAUGUUGAGAGGUCAGAGAAUGAAACCUCAGAAUCAUUAAAUGAUAUGCUUGAGUUAACUACCAAUGCCAUGUCGUGUCCAGACAGUGCUGGCAUGGCACAUACUUUUGAAGAACCUAUUAUAGACAUAACCUUUUUAAACCAAGAUACGGUUGUUGAAAAAGAAAGUGAUGCCAUGGAAACAUCAUUGAUGAAUCCUGAUGAGGUGUCUGAAGAAAAAAUUCUAGAGGCUGGGGUGAAGACUGAGGCUUUCAUGGAAGUAAAAGAAGAGGUAAAAAAUGAAGACAAAACUGAUGUACCUCUUGAAGAGACAGCUGAAGGUGAGUAUGAGAAAAAAGUCAAGGAUGAUUAUCCAGUCAAGCAUAUGCCCCUGUAUUCAGAUGAGAAACCUAUGAGAGGGGGGCUGAGCCGUUGGCAAUUGGUAUGUGAUAGUGUGGAAGACUGGGCCAACCUAACGGAGCAGUUCAAGAACACCACCAUUAACAAAGAGAAAAUGCUUUACAAGAUCAUCAAGAAUGACUUUUUGCCGGAGAUUCCAACCAUAAUGGAAGACAAGGUUAGACAACAAGAAAAUUAGCUUAAAUAAUUUUGAAAUGUGUGCAUUUGUUGUUGUUUUAUGGGUGACUUUGUACAAGUUUAGAAUAAUUGCCAGAUUACUUUACAUUGUGUUGCAAUAUUAUUUAAUUAAUUAUGUGACUGCUUUUCUCAUUGAAUAUGACAUAAGGGCAGUGCUAAAAGAUUUUUUUCACUAACAUUAAUUUCCAGGAAAGGGCCAGGGAGAAGAGAGCUAGAGAAAUGUUGCCCAGGAGAUCCUCCUACAGGCUUGAAUUGAAGAAGAUGGAGGAUGAAGAGAAGGUAAGAUUAUUUCGUAGUCUUAUAUUCUAAAAUAAAUAACAUUUAUCAAGGGAGAUGUUGUACAUUCUUUGUGUAUUUUUCUAUAGAUUUUGUAUUUUGUGUUAAAUGCCUUUCACCUCAAGGAAGAGAGUUUAAUACUAUAAUUUUAAUCAAUGAUUAAAGGAGCGUUUGAACAAAGAAGCUGAAGAAGAAGAAGAAAGGCAAAGAGCACUUUUGGAGGAAGAGAGGAGACAGCAACUGAGGAUAGAAGAAGAGAAACGCCAUAAAGAGGAAAAAGAGAGAGCCAGAGCUGGUUGGUAUUUAAAAACCCUUGCUAACAGGCUACUUAACAAAUUUCAGUAUGUGUGGUACUUUAAAAAGUUGGCCAUGCCUAAGUGCUGCUACAUUUUCUAAUAAUCAUUCAAGAUGAAAAUUAAUUUCUUUUCUCAGAAAGGGCAAAUCGUGCUAGACUGCGAGAAGAAAGAGCUCGGUUGAUAGCUGAAGGUAAAGAAAUUCCUGCUGAGCUGAUGAACGGGCUCAGACAAGACGAGUAAGUUUUAAAUGGUUUACUGAUAUUAAAACAAAUUUUAAUUGGUUGGAAAUUUAUUCUUGACUUGUUAUUUUAACUAGGAAUUUCUCAGCUAUUUUUACUGAUACAGCUGAUUUUGAUGAGUUCUGAGUGGUGUUCUUUAAAGUUAUUAAGUCCUCAGUUUCUCUUCCAUUAACAAAGGUGACUCCUAGUGCUAUAUUUGAUUUAUCUUGUAGAUUCAUUUUAGUUUCACCUACAGACAAAUCUACUUUUGCUAGAUUAUUUUAUUAUUUAUUUAUGGACUUUCCCACUUGAUAAUUUGUUCCGUCAUAGACUGAAGAGGGUUUUUCCACAGUAAGGAGAGAAACAUGUCAACUGGCUAAGUAUUGCAUAGUCAAUCUGUUGCAACUUGGGGUUUUUAAAUUAACAUAAGUUUGAUAAAACUAAUUUCAACUUGAGUUUUCAAAUGAACAUGAAUUAGAUGUAACUUAUUUCAACUAGUGUUUUCAAAUGAACAUAAAUUUUAUGUAACUACUUUUCUGGUUAUUCAAGGAAUGAAGAUGAUGCACAUGAUGAAUUGCAGAGGAAUCUAGAAAAAGGUAAUUCUUUCUGAAUUGAUGCACUAAAUGAACAAACAAAGAAGCAUGCCCCAAAGUAACUAUUUUUCUACUAAGCUUUAAAAAGGUGGUCCAAAAUACUUUUUUUUUUAGUGAUAAAUGUUUUGCAUGUUUUAAUCCUUUUUAAAAUGUGAUUUUUAAUUGUUGCCACUGAUAAAAUUGAAUUUUUUUAAACAGUAUUGUUGACAAUAAAGCGUAACGAUCAUUCUUGGCCUUUCUUGGAGGCAGUUGAAGAAGUCAAUUCACCAGACUUUUUUGAAAUGAUCAAGGUAUCGUUUGUUUUCCUAUGAACUAUUAAUUAUUUUGUUAAAAUUUGCAUUCCUUGAUUUUAUAAAUCUGUUAUAUUACAAUAGAGUAUUGAAAACAUAAAUAAAUUAAACUCCUGAUCUCAGAUGUAUCAGAAAACUUGAUUUAAUAAAACUCUUAUUACAUGCCCUGAUAUAACACGAAUUUGGAAAUAACAGUUUUGACAAGCCUCCCCAAAUUUUGUAAAUUCGUAUGCACAAGAAAUUUUUUGUCACAGUCCAUGGGGGAAAAAAAGUAAUAAUCUAACUUUAUUUUCUGUAUAUUAGAUAUUAAUUUGAAUAUAAUAAGAUUCUCAUGGGGUUUUCUGAAAUUUGAAAUAAAUAACCAAAGAAGUCCCCAACUAUUGGGAUGGGCCUGGAGGUGUCGACACAAGCAGUUGAUGAAAAAUGUUUGCUUUAUGAGCUGUAGAAAUCCCAACACUGUACAUACAGGAUAAAGGCUUCCGUGAGACCUCUGUGUAUGUGUAAAUUGUCAUUACAUUAACCAUUUGUUUUGACAAGAAAUGGGUUUCAGAUUUUGAAUGCAUUAUUGGCGUUAGGAGUCGUUUGCAUAAAAAUGUUGUAAAUGCAAUCCGAUUUUUAGGAACUCCAAUUAUCACAUUAAAGCUCUAUUCCACUGUUUAUGAAAGAAGGAAAAUAUAGAGCCCGUCUAUUAACAUAUAUUAAAAACUUUCGAUAAAUAAAUAUUAAAAUUUAAAAGUUUUGAACAAAAGGGGAAUAUUUAUUUAUAACCAUGAAAAUAAAAUGUCCCUUUUCUCCUAUGUAUGCAGGAGCCCAUUGAUUUGCUACAGAUAGAGAAGAAACUAUCUGACAGGGGCUACAAAAAACCAGAAGAGUUUGAGAGAGACAUGAAUCUUGUCUUUGACAAUUGCAUUGAGUAUCAUGGCAAGGAUAGUGGUGAGUUUUAAAAUAAACAGUUGGUCUUCUUUGGCUAAGAAUUUUUAAUGUGGACAUUAGUGUGUUGUUCUUACUUUGUAAUUAAAAAUUAAUUGAAUAGAAAAAAGUGAUACUUUUCUUAAAUUUUGUUACUAACACUGACUAUUCAAGCAAACCUGUGCCCACAAUUUUUAGAUCCAAAUUUCAUGUGUGUGUGUUAACUAAGUUUAAAAAAAAAAAAAAUUAUUUAUAAAAUGAUUAAAAAUUUUGUCAUAGCAUUAUGGCUUAAUUAUAAAACACUACAACCGCUCCCUUAAAACUUAAUACAAAAAAAACUGUAAUCUGAACUUAUAUAUAUAUAUUUACUUUAAGACUUUGGCUACAUGGCUGAGAACCUGAAGGGUGUUUUUGAGCGAAGCAUGAGGCGCACAUUCCGAGUGUACCUGGAGCCCUCCCACAGACCCAUACGCCGUAAGGAGUUCUGGGGAGAAUCAUCAUAUGUCACUGAGUAUGGUUUUGCUGGUAUGAGGUCACGGAAAAGAGGAAGAAAAGUAUGUUUAAGAGACAUUAAUUGAUAAUAAAUUAAUAUCUUCUACUUUAAUCAUAGGUCCUGUUUUACACACCCUGAAGAACUCAGUAAUUCUAUUUUUUAAUUGACUAACCUAGAAGAAAAAUGACCAAGGCAUGCAUCAUUGUCACGUGUGGGCUCUGUUGUCUAGCCCUGUCCGAAAAUCCUAGUGGUUUACCUUUCCAGAAAGAUAUUUAUUGGGAAUUUAAAUUAUGAAGAAGUGUUUUAUUGAGGAUGAAUAUUUUUAGGCUAGAUACCUAUACAAUAUUAAAAAUGUUUGUUUUACUAUUUCAGAAUUCAGAUUCUGAUUCUGAUCCAGAGCCUUACAUGACUGGUCGUGUUCUCUAUCCUUCUGGAAGAAAAUGGGGGGCUGACGAACAUGAGAGUGAGAAAAAAGAGUAAGUAUUUAAAAUAUUGUAUGUCAGUAGAUGUACAAUACCAGACAAUACUUACCUUUGUCAAAAUAUUUUAAGAAUUAUUUCUACUUACUGGGUAUAUAUUUUAAAAACUAAAUAAAAAGGCAAUUAAAAAUAUAUCCUAACAUUUGUAAAGUAUGUGUUAUUAAAUUGGUUCCCCUUACUUUGUCCAAUUAUUAAAAUUAAAAAAGUAGUUUUGGACACAUUAAAUUUAACUCUUUAAUUUUUAUUUUAUCAUUUUUUUAGGCCUUUGAAGGCAGAUGAUAAUGAUGAAGAUACCGCUCUGACGCCAAGAGCAACUUGGAGUUACCGCAGAGAACUGCUAGGACAAGAUGCUGGGGACUUUGAAUCUUACAUUCCCAAAACUAAAAAAAAAAAGUCUGGGGAAUUAGAUGAGGUGAUCAGCAGCAAAAGAAUACCUGUAGACUUCAGCAAAUACCCUGGCGCCAAAUUUCGUUAUUCUGCUCCAGUUAAAGACAGCUCUCGCAGUUUACCUCGCUUAAAUAUCAUUGAAUAUGUUAAAAAAGAAAAACCAGCUGCAUUGCCGGGAACAAACAAAGUACCACCUCCUGGUUUACCGUCGCUGUCCGGGGCACCCACAGUAAAAGCUAACCCUGUCAAAGUGGUCAAGAUUUCCAGAGAAGAAUAUGAAAAGCUUUUGGCUGAAAAUAAGAUAACUAUAGUUGACGCCAACAGCCCUGCGGGUCAGGUGAUCAAGCUUAAAGCAGGGCUGCAGCUGAAAGAGACUAAUCCUGCACCCAAACCUCCAGCACCACCAACUGCCCCGGCACAGGUGCCACCUGUUCAGGCUAACGCUGAAACUAAUGUUUCAGAUGUGCCGCUGAACACAUCAGCUACUGUUAGCACUACACCAAUGAAAUCUCCACCCUCGCAGAGUAAAACCAAAGAAGUGCCAAGAAAAGCAGACCAAACACUUGACAUAAAAGAGCGACUUAGAAAAGUUAAUGAGAAAAUUGCCUUAAGGAAUACUCUCCGUCAAGCCAAUGAGAAGCUUGCUAAUAAAUUAAAGAACACUAUUUCUAGGGAGGAAAGUCUUGUACAAAGUAAAAAUAAUCCUCUUGGACAAAAUGAUAAAUCUGAGGCAAAUGCGAAUGAUUUCAAUUCAGAGGAAGAAAAAAACCCAGCUAAAUAUACUAAAAUUCUGUCAAAACAUGAACUUGGAAAAAGUAAACACCAUUCUUCAGAUCAAACACCACCUGUGAAAAAAGUACGUUUUAGUGAUGAACUUGAGCCCACAGCACCCAAAUCUGACCAGCCCCUUCUUGCAAAAGAGGGGAAUGAAUCAAGUCUUAGGUUACAGGAAGGGCCAAUGCCAUCAAAACUUCAACCAACCAGCUCUAGUUCAGCAGAAAGAAAAAAGUCACCAUCCCAUCUCAGCUCGCCAAAUUUCUCAUCUCCACAGAAAUCACUAGAAGCUGAAUCGCAGCAGAGCCCGUCUAUUUAUGAAAAAUGGAAGAGGCGAGCACAAAAAACACUGGAGAAACUUUCCCAAGAUGAUGAGGAACCGACACAUAAACGACACAGAGAGAUGGAAAGUUUGCGCGAGGCAAAACUCUCCGCACUUGAUGAACCCCGGAACAAACGCAUGAAAACUAAAACAGAUGACCAUUCCGAUGAAACCAUAUCAAAACAUUGUAACUCUCUGAAGGAAAGUGAUUCGGAGUUUUCUGAGCCAGAUAGUGUUGUUCAUGAGCAUUUGACAAGUAUCACUUUGCUGGAGCCAGCGCAUGAACAAAACAAAGAGAAUGGGACAUGUAUCCAACCUUCAUCUGUUGGGGCAGCUGCGGGGGGAGAGAGUCAUCCCUUUUAUAAAGCUCCUGAACUCCAGCAGGAUCCAGCGGGUGAUUCUUGUCACUCCCUGGAGCCAUCAUGUUCUAAUAAGCUCGCAUCUUCUUCAUUAGAGCAGCCAUCAUCUUCUGCACAAUCCCCAACCAAAAUUUUGGUUGAACUCUCCAAACCAGCAAAGCAACCUUGUGCAGUGUCAUUACCGUCCACAUCCUUCGCUCACCUGAACCCAACAACGGCUCUGAAACUGAGCGGCUUGACAUCACAGCUGGCCCAGGCGAUGGCCCAGAAGAAAAAAAAGGCAGUUCAAGAUGAAGGAAGAUUUGAAAAUUGUGAUUCACCACGGGCCCUCAGUCCGCCACUGCUGGAGCCUAUUGAACCCAUCGGUGAGGCUGUCAGCAGUCGGGAACUGAGAGACAGUACUCCAGAAGAUGAUGAAAUGCCGGUGUUGGUUCCAGAUCACUUACCGCCAUCACUUGUUGAGCCGGGCUCUGACAACAUCUUUCAGCGCAUGAUGAGUCCUGAAAAAAGUAAAAUGUAGUCUCAUUCAUGUGCUUCAAGUAAACUGUCAUCCAUCCCAAUUGACGUUACAAAC